AUGGCCUCCAGACCACGAAGGACACCAAAUAAGCCAUCGCCACGUCCAUUACCUGCACCUUCGGCCGAAGAAGAAGAAGAAGAAGAGUUGAUGAACCCUUUUAAAGGUCGAGUAUUACGGCGCUCUCCACCUCCCGGAGAGGCUAUACUAGAAGAACCAGAGCUUCCACCUACGCCAACACAACAAGGCAUAUCUGACCCUGCCUCGGUCCAAACCUCCCCCGUGGGAAUUCAUAACACACCUACCAAACGCCCAAGAAGGAGUCGAGUAUUAGCCGAGCGAAUUAAGAGUUCCCCUCUAAAACAACCACCACUCCGUCAUCCCGAAUUCACAAAAGAAGUCACACGUGAAGAGUCACCAUCCCGAACGGCAGAGAGAACGCUCAGGGCACAACCACAAAGCCGGAAGAAGAGGCGAAAAUCGCAUCCAGCCCGAAAUGCUGAAGAACCUGAUGCACUAGCUGAGAAGAAAGCGCUGCGGGAUUCGUUACUUGCUGAAGUUGCUCGCUUAAAAUCAGAUCUAGACUUGGCAACUCGUGAAAAUACUCUCUUACACGAAUUGCAACAAGGAAGGAGAUCUAGUACAGCGCCAAAAGACCCAGAAGACAGGGAGUCUCUUCUGGAUUUACUCCGUCGGCACACUCUCCCUCCCGAAAAUGAGGCGGCUCCCGAUCCAACACAAGACUGGCUUGAAGCCGCAUUAAAUCCCAUCUCAUUUCUCCCCUUUAGCAAAUCGAGCUUGUCGUUUCCAUCUAUAUUUUCUUCACCGCGAAAUGAUGCUGAUGCGGAAACUGAAAAGCUUCCUAUUUCUCAUCAUCCCGUGCCGAUGACAGCGGAGGAAGAAUUGCCUUACCUCCAAAUAUUCACCCCCUUAGCUUUCACGUCUACUGUCUCCAUGAUACCCCGCGACGAUCCCGGAAAUCCAGGACCACUUAUGCAAAAAUAUACUAUAUCCGCUUCGUCAACACCACCAGGUCUAUUUGCCGCGACAAUUGAAAUGACAGUAAACACCAAAAGGCUAUCUAUUGCUGAACUGAAAGUCCCACGUCUUGAGCCGUCCGCAGUUGGCGAGCUGGGGCCUUUCGUGGAACGGGUCGUUAGAGGUACGGGGACCAGCGCUUUAACAAGGAAUGUUAGCGUCAUAACUUGGGCUAUGAGUGAAUGGCUCCGCGUCGCAACAAAGAGAGCUCGAUUUUGGUGUGCCGUCGAAAGGGACCUGAGAAGCAGCGAAGGGCUGGCAAAAUGCGCUAGGGAAAUGAGGACAGAUACGAGGAAGAAGGGUCGAGGCCGUCGAGCUAUGACAGCGGAUGAUGAAAACGAUGACGAUGAGCUUGAGGACCAAGACAAUAAAAUGCGCUUCACUAAAGCUGAUAUGCUACCUCAUCUAGGAAGAACAUACCUUGACCUAGAGCUGACCAGCCUCGGCGACCCGGAGGAUAAUCCAGGUUCUCGUAUUGAAUGGCAUAUCGAAUUCGACUGGACCGGAGAAGCACGAAGCAAAAUAGGAUUAUUGCUAGGGACUCCGGCGAAGUGGCACGGACAAGACACAAAGGGUAGCUUAACAAGUAUACCGGGAAUAUUUGACAAGUUGAUCCAAGAAAAUAAAGAUCCGAUGGAAGCUCUAAAGACAGUAGUCGCAUUGCUAGUUGGGGAAGAGUAA